AUGCCUUUCGCGACCAUCAAUGGCCACUCACUCCACUACACAGACAUAGCCCCAGCAUCGUCGUCGUCGUCGCAGUCAUCGUCACCACCCACUCUCAUCUUCGUGCACGGCCUCGGCUCGACGCAGAACUACUACUUCCCCAUCUUCCCCUUCCUGACCUCGUACCGAUGCAUCAUCUUCGACAACUACGGCGCCGGACGCUCGACCUUUGGGCCGGGGACGGAGACCUCGAUCCCCUCCAUCGCCAGCGACGUGCUCGGCCUUCUCACCCACCUCGGCGUCGACCGAGCCAUCGUCCUGGGCUACUCCAUGGGCGGCAUGGUCCCGACGUAUCUGGCAUCCACGUCGCCCGACCGCGUCGUGGCCGGAAUCUGCAUCGGGCCCGUCCACCCGAGCGAGGCUGUGGCCAACGUCUUCAAGCAGCGCAUCCCCACCGUCCAGUCCCAGGGCAUGGAGUCCAUGGCCAACACCAUCCCCAACGCCGCCACGGGACCCGGGGCCACGGCUCUCCAGAAAGCCCUCAUCCGGGAAAUGCUCCUCUCCCAAUCUCCAGAGGGAUACUGCGCAAACUGCCGUGCCAUCGAACUCGCCGCUCCCCCCGAGUACGCCAAGGUAAAGUGCCCGAUGCUGGUUAUCGCAGGUGACCAGGACAAGUCCGCCCCACUGGCUGGCUGUGAGAUGAUUUUCAAGGAACUGGGCACGACCGCGGAGAAGAAGAAGUUGGUCGUGUUAAAAGGGAUCGGGCACUGGCACUGCGUCGAGGCACCGGACGAGGUUGGCCGGUACGUGAGGCAGUUUGUCGAGCAACUACAAGUAUAA